UAAUGUGUAAUAUGCAUUUUUCCAGAGUAUGUUAUUUAAUCAGCAUUUGUCUGAACAAGAACCUGAGGUUGUUGAAGUCUUUAUUUCAGAUACACCAAAAGUCAAUUUAGAAGAACCUUCAGUUUAUGUUGAAAACGAACAAAAAACUGAAUUAUGCUCGAGUCCACCAAAGAAAAAGUUUAAAAAAGUUGUUGCUAGUGGCUACAAUGAUGUUAUUUCUAUUGACAAGAAUUGUAUAAGUAAGCCUUCCUCUUCACCACCAACAGACACACAAAAUGACUUUCAGUCUUCCAACUCCAAUAAUAACUUAAACGAAGAAAAAACUUUAAUAUUGAGGAUUGAGAAAGUUGAAAACAAAAUCAAAACAAAUAAAGAAGAAAGUUCACCAAAAGUUGUUGAAAAAGAGAGAAAAGAGUUUGAAAAAAAAGCAAGACUUAAGUAA